AUGAAUCCAGACAGACCACCAUGUCCACGUCCUCCAGGAGCAUCUCAGAUGCCCAUGCUCCACCAGGUGAGUGGACGAGGGAUCUUACCUGAGCAGCCAUCAUUUGGGCGCGCCCGGGGUCUGGUGUUACCAGCAGAGGCGUGUCACAUGGGGCGUGGCGUGGCCUCUCCUGUCCUUGCCGGGAUGGCAGCCAUGCCAUUUGGAAGGGGAUCUCUUUACCCCCCAGGUGAGAUUGCCCUGGGUUUUGCCAGAGGAAAGCCCAUGGCGGCAGAGGGAGAUGGGUGUGGUCGCGCCAGAGGUCUUCCAUUGGCGUCGCCAACGGGAGCUCUUGGCAGAGGAUUCUCUGCUCGUGUAGAAUCUGAGACAGAGCCAGGUCCACAGGACGAGACUACACCACUGGACUUCCCAAAGGAGAUGCCACGCCUACUGGUGGAGGAGGACAAGGAGGUCCAGAAAGAGCAGGCUGAAGUACCUGUGCUGGGAUCACCCUUACUGUCCAUGUUUCGUGGGAUGGGAAUCGACCCAGCCAAGACCUGGGGUCGGGGGGCGGUCCCCAAAGGACGUGCUGCAGUGAGUGAUCUGGGGGUGGAGCUUAAAUCUGUCCCAACCCCUGCAGGUGUGGCUGGUGGUGCAGGAGUCAGCAUCCUAAAGCAUCACUCUGUCAGCAGGUCCCUGUGCGAAGGCCGGCCUGGAUCGGGGCCGGCCGUUUUUCCCCCUGUGGGAAUCGCAAGAGGUCUCAAAGAGUUGCCGCCCUCUCCCCCUGUGCCUCCACCCCCCAGCCCUGCUGCCAUGACUCCGCCCCUUUCUCCUCCUGUCUCUGCCACGUUACCGCCCGUGAGCUCUCCACCCAAAGCGGAGCUGAAGAUGGAGAGUAUGAGGGAACCCCUGCAGAAAAUGGGCACUAAAGGAACCCCGCUGGUCAUCGGCUCCAAUCACAUUCCCAUCCACUGUAAAAACCAGGCUGUGUUUCAGUAUCAUGUCACCUUCACUCCUAACGUGGAGUCAAUGGGAAUGCGUUUCGGAAUGAUGAGAGAGCAUCGGUCUACCACAGGGGACGUGGUGGCUUUUGACGGCUCCAUUCUCUACUUGCCUGUGCAACUGCAGGAGGUCGUUCGCCUGAAGAGCGUGAGGAAAACUGACAACCAGGAGGUCGACAUCAAGAUCCAAAUGACCAAAAUCCUGCCCCCAAAUUCUGAUCUCUGUAUCCCCUUCUACAACGUGGUUUUGCGGAGGGUAAUGAAGAUUUUGGGCCUGAAGCUUGUGGGGAGGAGUCAUUAUGACCCUACGAGCGCCGUGGUCCUGGGUAAACACAGGCUCCAGGUGUGGCCUGGUUAUUCGACGUGCAUCAAACACACAGAUGGGGGUCUGUACUUGGCCGUGGAUGUGACUCACAAAGUUCUCCGAAACGAUUCAGUCCUGGACGUCAUGAAUGUGAUUUAUCAGCAGAGUCGAGAGAGCUUUCAGGAUGAAUGUACCAAAGAGCUUGUCGGCAGCAUCGUCAUCACUCGCUAUAACAACCGUACGUAUCGCAUCGACGACAUCGAGUGGACCAAGUCGCCCAAAGACACCUUCACCAUGGCCGACGGCACCCAGACCUCCUUCACUGACUACUACAGAAAAAACUACGGCAUCACGGUAAAGGAGCUGGACCAGCCUUUACUCGUCCAUCGGCCAAAGGAGCGAUCGAAACCAGGACAAAAGGUCAUAACGGGAGAGAUUCUCCUUCUUCCUGAGCUCUCUUUCAUGACCGGAAUACCGGAAAAAAUGAGGAAGGAUUUCCGAGCCAUGAAGGACCUGACAAUGCACAUUAACGUGAGUGGAGAACAGCACACCCACUCUCUCAGACAGCUUCUGCAGAACAUCCAGUCCACUCCGGACGCCCUGACAGAACUCAGCCGCUGGGGACUGGACCUCAGCACUGAAAUCCCGCUGACCCAGGCCAGGACUCUUCCCGCUGAAACCAUCUGUCUGCACUCCAGCUCCUUCAGCAGCCCCUCAGGGACAGACUGGUCAAAGGAGGUGGUUAGAGACGCGUCCAUCAGCUGUAUCCCGCUGAGUUGUUGGGUGAUAUUCUUCCCGCGGCGGGCAGCGGAGCAGGCGGAGGAGCUGGUGUCCAUGUUUGGGAAGGUGGCAGGAGCCAUGGGCGUAAAACUGAAUCGACCAAUCAAAGUAGAGCUGAGAGAUGACCGCACAGAGACUUAUGUGAAGAGCAUCCACUCUCAGCUAACCAGUGAGCCAAGCGUACAGCUGGUGGUGUGCAUUAUGACAGGAAAUAGAGAUGAUCUCUACAGUGCUAUAAAGAAACUCUGUUGUGUGCAGUUUCCUGUCCCCUCCCAGGCUGUCAACCUGAGAACCAUCUCACAGCCACAGAAGCUCCGUAGCAUCGCUCAGAAAAUCCUACUGCAGAUAAACUGCAAACUGGGAGGAGAACUGUGGACAGUCAAUGUUCCUCUGAAACAUCUGAUGGUGAUCGGCGUGGAUGUUCAUCACGACACCAGUAAGAAGAGCAGAUCAGUCAUGGGAUUCGUGGCCAGUCUGAACAGUCUCUUGACACGAUGGUAUUCCCGUGUCACGUUCCAAAUGCCCAGCGAGGAGAUCAUUAAUGGAUUCAGAGUCUGUCUGCUGGCCGCUCUGCAGAAGUACUAUGAGGUGAACCACAGCUUCCCCGAGAAGAUUGUGAUCUACCGAGAUGGCGUGUCGGAUGGCCAGCUGAAAACGGUGGAGCAGUACGAGAUUCCUCAGGUUUUAAAGUGUUUCGAGACCUUCCCAAACUACGAGCCCAAACUGACUUUCAUCGUGGUUCAGAAACGGAUCAGCACCACCCUCUACUCGUACAUGGGCGAGCGAUUCGGAACCCCUCCGCCUGGGACGGUUCUGGAUCACACCGUCACCCACAGGGACUGGGUGGAUUUUUACCUGAUGGCUCAUCAGAUCCGACAGGGCUGCGGCCUUCCCACCCACUACAUCUCCAUCUACAACACAGCCAACCUGUCCCCAGACCACCUGCAGAGGCUGACGUUUAAGAUGUGUCACCUGUACUGGAACUGGCCCGGUACAAUCCGUGUUCCCGCGCCGUGCAAGUAUGCCCACAAACUGGCCUUCCUGUCAGGCCAGUACCUCCACUCCGAGCCAGCCAUUCAGCUCUCUGACAAGCUCUACUUCCUCUGA